CGCAAAUAAAAUCAUAAAACCCUUUUCCCCCAAUAUUUUCAAUUUCCGACCGACGAGGGGGAAAUUUUUUCAAAAAAAAAUCAUGCGAGCCAAUAGAGAGCCCACAAAGAGCACGGAGCGUUGGCAGAAUUGAGAAUUUGGAAGGGGGAUUGAGGUAGCAGUCUUCCGUUAGAAGCGAAUCCGGCGAAGCUUCAGCGUCACCGACCAGAAUUUGGGCGUAAAAGUCCCUGCAAUCAGCUUCACGACAAAAACCUCCCUUUGAGUCAAUUACUAGAUAAUGAAGCGAAGGCGUGGAAGCAAGAAAGGAAGACAAAAGAAGCCGAAGUUAGCUAGCACAGACGAGGCGGCGCCAGCUGCUGCUGUUAGUGUAAAUACAGAUGAGAAUUCUGGCGCGGAUGAGUUUGAGAAUGAUGAUGUUGACUCUGGAAUGGAUGCCGAGACUGAGAGGACGCCUUCUCCUCCAAGAGCGUCUCAACCGGAAACGCUUGCUAAUCCUGACACUGUAGCCCGACCAAAUAGUAGUAAUAUUUUUGGGAAGGCAGUGUACACUCGUGUGAAGGUGAAGAUCAAAACUUCCAAGACUCUGCGAGCCUCCUCGGAUGCUCCGAGUCAAAGUGAUACGGAUAAGAGUAGCCAUCAAGUAGGCUCGGAGAAGCAGCUUCCUAGUGAGAAGAUGGAGGACAGUGGCAACUCUCUGCCCGAGACGAAUGGAGGAAUUUCUGGGAAUACAACGCAGAAGCCGACCGGUGUGAAGAUUAAAUCGUCUAGGGGAUUAGGUUCUUCGAGUAUGAGUCCGUGUAGCAAUACUGAACCACUAAAGGGAGAUAGGGUAGAGAAGAAAGAUACCAAAUUGGUUCUCAAGGAGUCUAAACACAAUGAGCAAGAGCUUAUAACUGCAUUGGAGGUUAUAAGAAAGAUUAUGAAAAUGGAUGCAGCUGAGCCCUUCAACGUCCCUGUAAAUCCUGUUGCGCUCGGUAUCCCAGACUAUUUUGAUGUCAUCACUACACCUAUGGAUUUUGGGACAAUAUGCAGUAACCUUGAAAAAGGUGUGAAGUACAAGACUGCUGAGGAUGUUUUCAUAGACGUGCAGUAUGUAUGGGAUAACUGUUACAAGUACAAUAACAAAGGUGAUUACAUUGUCGAGCUUAUGAAGCGGGUCAAAAAAGCCUUCACCAAGUAUUGGGCGGCAGCUGGUUUGUUCAGCGAUCAGCCUCAAGAAAGUCCUGAAAGCAAUCCGGUAAAGGAUCUAACUCCUUCAAGUGACGGGAAUACACCAGUGAAUGGUGGUGCUCCCACCUCUUCAGGCAAAAAGUUCCACGGACUUAAGAAGCACAAAGAAGGUUGUCAGUGUGCUAUUUGUGUAAUGAUGCGACGAAGGCAGGAGCGAGAAGAAAUUGCACGCCUUGUGGGAGGACACACUGAUGUUAGUGAUGACUCACUUGGUGAAGAUAUCAAGCGAGAGAGGUUUUCUCAUGGAGAAAGUCCAUUUGUCGAGUAUGUCUUGUCAGAUGGAGAGGACUCCCCUGAAACGGAAAAGAAAGGCCAAGAGCUGAAAGUGGGACAUCUAAGAGAUUUCUACAUUCAGCAGAAUGAGGGUGGUACUAUAGCUUCAGGAAAACGAGAGGGUUCUCAGGAUUUGCAGUCAUCUCAUAGAUCUGGAGAUGAUAAUGAUAUGCACCAUCACACACCACAAAUAGGAUCAGGUGGCAAUGUGUCAAACGACUCUCAAAAAGAAAUGCCCAAUGAUGGAAAUAGAAGUGCUGCAACUGACCAACAGAGGCCAAAGGAUUCACUGGAUAAAAACCAGAGAGCUAAAAUGUUAGAGAAUCUUCGUUAUCUGGAGAAUCCUAUGCUCUUGGAAUUAUACGGAACGCUCUUUACAGAUAAUUCCCAAUCGUUGUGGAGUGGACCUCAUUCAUUGGUUGGUCAGAAGCAGGAGCGCUCCAACCGCCGCAAUUCCUUCUGCUCAGCGAUUUCUGCGUUUAUGAAGAAAUAGCUACCGGAUAACUCAUUUCUUAUCCUGGGGCGUUCAGCAAUAGCCGAAGAAGAAUCAUAGAGUUGAGAUGAAAAAUUAGGAGUCGGCUUACUGAUCCGUUAACUUGUAUUUUCAUAAUCUAGAAGAAAAUAGAACUUGAAUUUUUCUCGUUCAAGUGAAGAAGUUUCGAAUGUAAAGGCUUGCAUCUGAUUACAUCUGCUGUAUUGGUGUAAGAGUAAUAUCUAGAUUGCUAUAUGAAUCAAGAUACCUACCUUUUCGUUUA